AAUCAAAGAUUUACUGCUGCGAUUGGGAAAUAAAAAAAUAAGGAAGCCUGUGACGGCUACCGCAGCCACCAUGGCCGUGCGGUUAGCAGACUCUUAACCCGAGUUAGCGGUGAUCUGAAUUUUGAUGCAUGCGGGAAGAGUUUUUUGUCCGAUCGUGUUGGCGAUGAUAUAAAUAAAUUCCUCCAGACUCUCCAAAAAUCAAAGCAGUCACAGACUCCACUCUCAUGCUCAAGUGCUUCUUCCCUUUAUUUGUUAAACAUUUGGAAAACCUGAUUGAUUGAUUGAGUUUUUCUUGCUUUGCGGAAGAAAAAUUUAACAAGAAAUCUGUAUCUCAUUUGUGAAGGAGAAAUUUUGCAGAAAAUCUUGGAUUGUUUUGAGUUUUCUUUCUCAUUUGCGGAGGAGAAAUUUCACAGAAAAUCUUGAUUGUUUUGAGUAUUGUUUCUCAUUUGCGGAGGAGGAAUUUUGGAGAAAGUCUUUUUGAUUGUUUGAGUUUUUCUCCUGUUUGGAAGAGUUUAGAAAAUUAACAAUGGUGUUGAGCUUUGAAGGUGCGGCAGAGCAUGCUUUCAACGCCACGGACCUGAAUCUUACCAGCGAAAUUUUUAGCAUGCUGGAGAACAGGUUCCUGGCGAGCGGUUACAACUGGCCGACCACAAAGCCUGCUGGAAACGGCACUGGAAAGAUCUGCAUUCUGUCUAUAGACGGUGGCGGCAUGCGCGGCAUUGUGGCGGGGAAAACUCUGGCUUAUUUGGAGGAGGCGCUGCAGAGGAAGAGCGGGAAUCCGGACGCUCGCCUGGCGGACUACGUUGAUGUUGCCAUUGGCACUGGUGUCGGUGGAAUGAUUGCGGCAUUAUUGCUCGCCGAUGGCGGCAAUGGCCGUCCUCUUUGCCGCGCACAGCACAUUGCUACUCUGCUUGCUAAUCAUGGCGCCCGGAUGUUCUCCAGAUCGAGCAGCUGUUUCACGAAGCUGUUUAGCAACCGUUUCUCCACUGCAAGCAUGGAGCAGGUCUUCAAAUCCUUGUUUGGGUCGAAAACCUUAAAAGACACUCUUAAGCCGCUUCUGAUCCCCUGCUACGAUUUAUCCAGUUCUGCACCAUUUCUGUUUUCCCGGGCAGAUGCACUGGAGACAGACAAUUUCGACUUCAAUCUAUGGGAAAUCUGCAGGGCAACAUCUGCAACACCAGGGUUUUUUAAGCCUGUUAAGAUGCAGUCUAUCGAUGGCCAGACCUCGUGUACUGCAUUAGAUGGGGGGCUUGUUAUGCACAAUCCUACUGUUGCCGCCGUUACGCAUGUGUUAAACAAUAAGCAAGAGUUUCCAUUUGUGAGAGGAGUGGAGGAUUUGUUGGUGUUGUCCGUGGGAACGGGGCAGUUUGAUCGGAAGUAUGAGUACCAGAGGGUGAAAGGAUGGGGGGCAUUCCAGUGGGCUAAGCCUGUUAUGAAGAUUGUCAAGGAUGGAGUUUCUGAUAUGGUUGAUCAUGCUAUUAGCAUGGCAUUUGGCCAGAAACUGCAGAAUUAUGUCAGAAUUCAGGCUAGUGGAUUCCCACAAGAAAACUUGGGUGACAUUGAUGAUCCCAGCCAAGCCAAUGUUGACAUGCUGAUGAAUUUUGCAGACAACAUGUUGAAGCAGAAGAGCAUGGAAUAUAUCCCAUUUGGUGGCAAGAAGAAACUUCCUCAGACCAAUGCAGAGAGAUUAGACUGGUUUGCAGAACAGCUAAUUUUGGAGCACAAGUCAAGAGUUUCAAGAACUAUACCAACAGUUCUUUUGAAGCAGCAGAGCCCUAGGAAUUCUGUAACAGAAGGCUCCUCAACACCAUAAACCAACACAGAUUCCUUUCAUUGAUCAUUCGCCAUGCGCUUGAUUAUAACCUCAAUCCUCCCUUUGACUGAAAUGACAGUGGGUGAAAAAGCAUAUAGUUAAUAUAUAAAUUGUAAAGACUGGAUUUGAAUACUAUUGAGUUUUGCAUCCCUAAGGGUGGGAAACUGGAAAAGAAUAUAACCACAAUUGAUUGGGCUUUGGUUGCUGUUCACUACUGUUUUACUACUAACUAACAGAGAUUGUAGACAACAGCAAUUGCCGCUUGCCAUAAAUGUUGACAGUCCAAGCUGAGCUGUGCUGUUUUCUUUCUGUUAAUCUGUAUGUUGGUAAAUCCUCUUGCCUUCCAUAUGGUUAAGAGAGAUCAGGAAAGAUGUGUGAUUUGUAGAAUGAGGAAAUGAGGUGGUAGGUGAGGAAAAUUUGGAUCUGAUAUGAUCUGAUCUGUAAUGUAGCUUAUUUUUGUAUAUUUGUUGUUGUGGAGUGUAUAGAGAUAAAUGAAAUUUGUUUUGGUUGUUGGCCUUUUGAA